UUCCUCAAAUUUCCUCGGCGAAACUUAAUCCCAGUCGGCUUCCCUGCGUUUAUAAGUUGAUACUACGUCGUUUUCUUAUUCUCCUUCUUCUUCUUCCUUGUCAUCAUCGGCAUUUUUCCGCCAUGGAUUCUUGCAGCAAAUCUGUUCGCAACCCUGUUUCUCCUUUUGACUGCAUCCUCUUCGAUUUGGAUGAUACUUUGUACCCUACCAACACCGGAAUAGGCGAAUCGCUCAAGAAAAACAUUGACGAUUUUCUGGUGGAGAAAUGUGGAUUCCCCGAGACCAAAGCGUCAAGUCUCCGAAUCGAGUUGUUCAGGACCUACGGAAGCUCCCUCGCUGGCUUGCGAGCUUUAGGCUAUGAUAUUAGUGCAGAAGACUACCACAGUUUCGUACACGGAAGGCUUCCUUACGACUCCAUCAAACCAGAUAUUCAAUUGCGCAACGUCCUUUGUAGCAUUAAGCAAAGAAAAAUUAUUUUCACGAAUUCAGAUAGGAUUCAUGCGCUGAAGGCGUUGGAUCGACUCGGGAUAAGUGACUGCUUUGAGCAGAUCAUAUGUUUUGAGACCAUGAACCCGCACCUCCCGGAGUCAACUCGACCCGAUGAGUACCCGAUCCUUUUGAAGCCAUCACCGGAUGCCAUGAAGAUCGCCCUCAACGCAGCUAACGUUGAUCCUCGUCGUACGCUAUUCCUAGAUGACAACGUUCGCAAUGUGGCAGCGGGAAAAGCAAUGGGUCUCCACACAGUUUUGGUUGGGAAGAGCAUGAAAUGCGAAGGAGCAGAUUAUGUAGUGGAGAGUGUGCAUAAACUAACACAAGCGGUUCCAGAAAUUUGGACAAGCAGAAAUGAUGGAGAGCAUAAAAGAAUCCAACGUACCAAAAGCGAAUUGGAUACAAUUCUGGCCACUACAGCAAUUGGAGCUUAGGCCCAAUAUUGUACAAUACAAUGUGUAUUCCACUUUACUAGAUCAGCCAGGAACAUAUAUAUAUAUAUAUAUAUAUUAAAAAUAAUGGCACUGACAAUGUAAAGGGCAAGCCACCCAAUGUAUAUUUAUCAUUUCAAGUCAUGUGGAUGUUGUAAAAGAAUGUGAAAUAAAUAAAUAAAUAGAAUUUACUUUGUACUA